CCGGCUGCUCCGGGGGUCGAUUUCCAGUGCCCGCGCUCUGGUUUGCUGGAGCCGGAUUUACGUGGUCAACCUCGAGUCGCAAAACGCUUCCUGGGAGAAGGUUAAGUUGUGUGAGGUCAAGGUCAAUGCAAAGCUGUAGUGUAAGAUGCCUUAUGGUGACACCGAAGCGCCGGCCAUGGGUGUUGGAGGCAAAGGACUCAGCGGGCCUUGCUGCAAAAAACUGAAGUCAGCGGAAGGGCCCUGCGCUCCCUGCCGCUGCAGUGGCAGAGCUGACUUGCCCGGAGUCCAGGAGACGGCCCCUGGAGCCGCCCCUGGAGUCCCAGCCAGCAACCAUCCUCAGAGAGAGAGGAGCAGCCCCCUGGGUGGGGCAGGCCCGGAGCCCGACGUGUUGCCUCAUGCUCCCGUGGCUGGUGUCGGCCCCCAGAUGCCCGCCGAUGAUGGCAUCUACAGCACAAGCAAGGCAUUCAUAGGCCCCCUUUACAAACCCCCCGAGAAGGAGAAGAAGGCGGGUGACAGGAAGAAGGACACGGGCCGCCGUGGGAGGGUCCCAGGAGGGCGGGGCGAGAAGCCCCUGUCGGCCACCCCCAAGCCCGAGUUUGACAGCGAGCUAUGCCAGUUUUACAGAGAAAUCGAAGAGCUGGAGCAGGAGACGGAUGACGUGGGCGCCGGGUGUCAGGCUCCCGCUGCCCCUGUGCAAGAACAGCUGACCGCUGGCCAAGACCUGCGGCGCGGCUUCCUCCGAGCAGCCGAGGAAGAGGAGCAAGGCCAGCUCAAGGCCCUGAGUGCCACCAGUCAGCAGCCUGUGGGGCUCGAGCCAGGAAGCUACCCUGACCAUGACCAUGGCCAGGCGGCCUCGCGGCCCCUCUGUGAUGGGCCCAUGACAUCCUUUCCACCCAUUGGGCGACCGGUGCCUCCUUUCCUUGUGCCCCAUGGCUCCCUGCCGCCGCCUCUCCCCACCUUUAACUGUCACUUAAACUUCCGACGGUUCCACCCCCUGCCCUACCCCCCACUUCCACACCCUGCACUGCACAUGUUCCCGGCCCACGAGGGCUCCCCGCUGCGGGGAAAUGGCUGUAGCACUGGUCCCCCUGGCUGGGGGUGCCCUGCUCCGGAGCGGCCCAAUGAGCACCCUGACUGUCUUGGUGGCCACAGAGGCACGCCUCCCUGUGGGGGUGUGCCCGGCCUCCCCGAGGGACUUGGGCGCAACAGUCUCGGCGGAGCCACUGAGGGACACUGGAUGGACCUGCCUCUGGACAGGUGGCCCGAUGGGGACCUGCCUGUGGACAGGUGGCCCGGAGGGGAUCUGCCUCUGGACAGGUGGCCCGAUGGGGACCUGCCUGUGGACAGGUGGCCCGGAGGGGAUCUGCCUGUGGACAGGUGGCUCGGAGGGGACCUGCCUGUGGAUGGGUGGCCUGGAAGGGACCUGCCUGUGGACGGGUGGCCUGGAAGGGACCUGCCUAUGGACAGAUGGCCUGGAGGAGACCUGCCUGUGGACAGGUGGCCCAGAGUGGAUGUGCCUGUGGACAGCUGGCUGCCUGGGGUAGACCUGCCUAUGGACAGGUGUCCCAGAGCAGACGUGAUUGGGGACAGGUGGCCCAGAGGGGACAUGCCUGUGGACAGGUGGCUGCCUGGGGUAGACCUGCCUAUGGACAGGUGUGCCAGAGCAGACGUGACUGAGGAUAGGUGGCCCCGAGGGGACCUGCCUGUGGACAGCUGGUCUGGAGUGGACAUGCACUUGCCCCCACCCCAGCAGGCUCAGGAGGAAAAGCUUGAGAAAUGGCAGAAGUUGCUUAUCCUCCUGCGGGGCCUGCCUGGAUCUGGGAAAACCACACUGUCCCGGAGUCUGCUUGGUGAGAGCCCUGAGGGCAUCGUGUUCAGCACCGACGACUACUUCCGCUGCCAGGACGGGUAUAGCUACAAUGCGAAUCAGCUUGGCGAUGCCCACGACUGGAACCAGAGCCGAGCCAAAGAAGCGAUCUCGCAGGGCCGGUCUCCAAUUAUAAUAGACAACACGAACACGCAGGCCUGGGAGAUGAGGCCCUACGUGGAGAUGGCCAUAGGACAAGGAUACAGAGUAGAAUUUCAUGAACCAAAAACUUGGUGGAAAUUUGACCCUGAAGAAUUAGAAAAGAGGAAUAAGCAUGGCGUGUCUCGGAAGAAGAUCGCCCAGAUGCUGGAGCGCUACGAGUUCGACGUGUCACCCGCCCUCGUGAUGAACGCUGUGGAGCCCUCGCACAAAAGCGCGCUGAGGCCGCCUCCUCCCGAGUGGAGACCGAGGUGGGGGGGCCCUCUAGGCUCACACAGCCAAACCGAUGUCCCCAGGGAUUAUUGAGCGGGCUCUGCCCACUUGGCGCACGGGUCGCCUGUCCUUAAAGACAAGCAGGCAGGCAGACAGACAGACUUAGUGAGCCUGGCCUGAAGCCUAACUAGCCGCGACUAAAAGACCACAUCGCCUCACAGAGGAUGUGCCCAGCAAGUUGUUUACAUUUUAAACUGUAAAUAAAAAUGAUAUCUCAACUGUA